AACUCAUUCACUCAAAUUUUACAACUGAGCAUCUCUAACGCUCAGCCCAUUCAACCUUCUCAGGAUGGGCGAUAUACCAUACGAUUACCGUUGGAAAGUAAUUCUCCUGGGUGACUCAACGGUUGGAAAGUCAAAUAUCGCAAGUCAAUUCACACAAAAUGAAUUCCAGCCCGAAUCCCAACCAACAAUUGGCGUGAAGCCUACCACCAAGAUCGUGCAUUGCAAUUCCAAGGCUGUCAAAGUUAAUAUCUGGGACACAGCUGGUCUAGAAAAAUACCGGGCGCCAGUACGAUAUUACGAUGAUGCCGUGGCUGUAAUGGUGGUCUACGAUAUAACCAGGCGUCAGAGCUUUGAGAAUGCGGCACGAUGGUUGGAAGAGGUUCGGAAGCACGGUGAGCCUGGGAUCGUUAUCAUGCUCGUGGGGAAUAAAACGGACCUGGAGCGCAGAAGGUCUGUGACAACGGAGGAGGGGAGGAAAUUUGCGAAACUCAACAAACUUCGAUUUAUCGAAAUAUCCGCUUGCGAAAACAGUCAAGUUGAACGUGCUUUCGAGACCAUUCUAAACGGCGUCUAUAAGACGCAUUCUCAAGAGAAGUGAUGAUCUAAAUGAGAUGUAGGGAUGACUCUGGGUUUCUCAUCUUUCUGUAUUAUUUUGGCGUGGUAAUGUCGAUCAAUCUGUGACGAGAUGGAGAGCCUUUGAGCCAUUCUAAACUCUAACAUUUGAAAUACAGUUGCAGACAUCGCGACAUUUUGUCUAUCUAUCCCAAAAUAGACAGUAUCCUUCCAGAUAUAUGCUUGUGACACGAGACACUCUUACUCAGUGACAAAUGACUCCUCACUCCAUCC